GAGCAGCGGCAGCGCCAGCCCCGAUGAGGACCGGGCGCCCCCGGAGCAGCAGGCGCCGGCCGCCGGGAUGCUCAAGGGACAUGGUGCCAGCUUCAUGUCGGACGCCUCCUGGGCACGGGGCUGGAAGAACCUCCUCUCCAGCUUUGGUGGCACCCUUCUGGGCCUGGAGCGAGCCUUGGCGGGCAGGAACCCGCUGAAGCGAGAGUCGGGGUCUGUGGUGGAGAAGCUGCCCCAGCUGGCGAAGGAGGGGGCUGAGAGGACCCUGCCCCAGUGCAUCUCCCUCUUCUUGCCUGAAUUCCCAGUCCAGCCUCCAAUGGGGCAACGCCAGCUGAAGAUCCUGGGCUUUGUGGCCAAGGGGUCCUUUGGGACAGUGUUGAAGGUCUUAGACUGCGGACAAGAGAAGGUCUUUGCGGUCAAGGUGCUCCCCAAAGUGGAGGUUCUCCGCCGAGACAGCCUCAAGCAGUGCAAGGAGGAGGUCAGCAUUCAGAAGCAGGUCAGCCAUCCUUUUGUGCAUUGCCUGGGAGACAGCUGGCAAGGCCGUAGCCACCUCUUUAUUAUGUGCACAUAUUGCAGCACUGGGGAUCUGUACACCCUUUGGAAGUCGGUGGGGCGUUUUGCCGAAGCCGUCAUCCGCCUCUUUGCUACGGAGUUGGUCCUGGUGCUUGGCUACCUCCACAAUCUGGGCAUCGUCCACCGGGAUGUCAAGAUGGAAAAUAUUCUUCUGGAUGAACAAGGUCACCUGAAGUUGACUGACUUUGGCCUCUCCCGCCACCUGCCCUGGGGCGAGAGAGCCUACACCAUCUGUGGGACCCUCCAGUACAUGGCCCCGGAGGUCUUGAGUGGCGGGCCGUAUGCCCACGCGGCAGACUGGUGGUCCAUGGGGGUCCUGCUCUAUGCCUUGGCCACUGGGAAGUUCCCGGUGGCCCCCGAGAAAGACCACGUCAGCAUGCUGGAGAGCGUCAAACGCUACAACUACAUCAUCCCAGGCACCCUCAGCCUGGGCCUCCGCCUUCUUCUCAGCGAGCUCCUGUGCCAGGACCCCCACCGGCGCCUUCGCUACCUCCACCACUUCCGUGGCCACCUCUUUUUCCGCGGGAUGACCUUCGACGCCGAGAUGCUUCGGAAGCGGCCGGUGGAUGUUGUGCUGGACCUGCGGAACCCCCGGGAAACCCCCCUGGACUCGGCCGCCGCCUUUUCGGAUUUUGACUGUGACCUCGUGGCGCCCUCGAGCCAGCCGUGGCCGGGCUGAAUGGCCCCCUCCCAUCCUCCUGGGGGGCAGCAGUUCUUCUCAAGAGGCCCAAAGCAGCCACCCUCGGGUGACCCCCGAGAAUCACUGUGAGACCUUCUCAGGAAAUGCUUCUUCCAGGCAGCUCUUUGGGCGAACGAAGCCGCCAGCGAUCUCAGGAAGCCGGGCCGAAAAAGCACCGGCCCCUCUCUGGCAGGGAGGCUGGACCCCCGCCUUGCCAGCCACCCCACCCCCCACCUACUGAAUUCUCCCACUAUGCAAGUCCGCCACCCGGAGAUCGAGGGUGACAAGUGGGGCAAAUUUUCCAGCGUUGGUCAGGAGCGCAGAAUGGCAAAGCUGGCUGCCUGCAACUUCCUGUUUGUUCAAGAGUCCUGUGGGAUCCGGAAGCUUGCCUCUUCCCCCCACCAACACUUACCCUGAGCUCAACUGGUCUAACAGGAGGCUAAUAAUCGUAGAUAGAUCUAUUCCUUCGCUAUGCAAGAGGCAGACGGGCCGUGAUGGGCUUGUUUGCCCUUCCUCUUCAGGUUGCGCUCUCAGCUGUGCCAACCCCUUUCCCCCUGGGAGAAUAGAUUCUGGCCUAGUUUCUCUCCGUUCAAGAAGAGGAACCUUCUCAUCCACCCUGGUUCCUAACCUCCUUCCUCUCCCCCCUCCCCUCCCUGUGCUUUUUCUGAAACAAGCAAUAAAUCUGUCUUUUAUGGGUCUCUGCGGCUGGGUGGAGAGUUCUCGUCUUUUGUGCAGCCCGCAUUGCGGCACACCUGGCGAUGGAAGGUUACGGUAGCAACGGAGGGUUAUAAUAGAUCUCAAUUCCGAGAAGGCUGUGC